AUGAACAGGGAAGAAUAUUAUUCUUUGUGCCCCUCUCAUUCUCUCUCUCUCUCUCUCUCUCUCUCUCUCUCUCAUUCUCCCUCUCUAAUUCUUAUUCUCUCUCUCAUUCUUAUUCUCUUGCUCUCAUUCUCAUUCCUUCAUUCUCAUUCUCUUCCUCUCUCUCUCUCUCUCUCUCUCUCUCUCUCUCUCUCUCUCUCUCAUAUUUAUUAUUUUUUUCUUCUUUAUGGGCCUCAAUUUUCUGCCUGUAAACGUCACGUCUUUUUUUUUUGUCUUUCUCCUCCUGUUUACUUUUCUUUUUUUUAUCCUAUUUUUGUCUCUAUGGAUUCAUAUAUCUUCUUAUUUUCUUUCUUUCUUUCUAUAUUGAGUUUCUUUUUUAUCUUUAGGGUUUUUUUUCUUCUAUCUCUUCCUCUUUCACUGAGACGUCUUUUUUUUUCCUCUUUUUGUUCUGAUUUCUUUUUUUUAUUAUUUCUUUUCAUUUUUUCAUUCUUUCUUUUAAGUCAUCGUCUUUCUUCCUUUUGGUUAAUCAUUCUUUUCAGUGUUUCUUUCAUGGCACUAUUUCAUUUUAUAUUUCUGUCUUUCUUUUCAAUAUUUCUUUCUUUCUUUUCUGUAUUUAAUAAAUUUCAGUAUGUCUUUCUCUUAAAUAUUUCCGUAUUUCUUUACAAUAUGUUUUCUUUCUUUUCAAUAUUUCUUUCUUUUUUUCUGUAUUUAAUAAAUUUCAUAUUUCUUUCUCUUAAAUAUUUCCGUAUUUCUUUACAAUAUGUUUUCUUUCUUUUCAAUAUUUCUUUCUUUUUUUCUGUAUUUAAUAAAUUUCAGUAUUUCUUUCUCUUAAAUAUUUCCGUAUUUCUUUACAAUAUGUUUUCUUUCUUUUCAAUAUUUCUUUCUUUUUUUUUUUCUGUAUUUAAUAAAUUUCAGUAUUUCUUUCUCUUAAAUAUUUCCGUAUUUCUUUACAAUAUGUUUUUCUUUCUUUUCAAUAUUUCUUUCUUUUUUUCUGUAUUUAAUAAAUUUCAGUAUUUCUUUCUCUUAAAUAUUUCCGUAUUUCUUUACAAUAUGUUUUCUUUCUUUUCAAUAUUUCUUUCUUUUUUUCUGUAUUUAAUAAAUUUCAUAUUUUUCUUUCUUUUCAAUAUUUUUGUUUCUUUUCGAUAUUUUCCUUUAUCCUUUCCUUUCAAUAUUUAUUUCAUCCAUUUAAUGCUUUCUCUCAGUAUUCCCUUCUUUCUUUUCAUUCUUUUUUUCUAUAUCUACUUUCUAACUUUUCCAUUCAAUCGUUUAACUUCACCCUCUCUUUCUUCCUUCUAUUUGUUGCUCUUUUCCCUCUCUCUCUUCCUUCUAUUUGUUGCUCUUUUCCCUCUCUCUGACUUCUAUUUCUUGCCCUUUUCCCUUUCUUUCUUCCUUCUAUAUUGUUGCCCUUUUCCCUCUCUAUAUUCAUUCUAA